AUGGCUGCAGCAAAGCGACCCCGCGACGACAACGGCACGCCGACGCCGCAGGGAGAUGGCAACUCGAAACAAACGCGUCUCUCGCCCGCCCCAACGACCCUCAGCUCAUCGGCUCAGCCGGCUGAAAACAGAGCUACUCCCCCAUUGGACCCAUGCCGAUCCGCUCAGCAGCAGCAACUUUGUCUUCGCCAAGGACGCCAUGAGACCGCCCCGCGGCUGAAGCGCAGCCAUGUCAUUGUCCCCCAGCCCGAGCCCUCCGCCGUCAUGGGCGUGUCGGCGGUAGCCGCUCGAGUGCCCAUCGCCGACAAUCGCCACUUCCUCGCAUCCAUGCUGACCGACAGCGAAGCGCGUCGCCUCGUCAAUUCGCUGGCGACCUUCAAGCUCCGCGGUAACGCUGCAGCUUUCAUCAACACCCGCUACGACGACACGUUUGCGCCGCAGCCCGACCAACUCGUCAGCUUUAAUGCACUGGUCACGGCGAUCAAGACGACGCUGGAGCCGCUUGCCGUUGAAGCUGAGGCCGCCAGAAGCAGCGACGGCAGCACGGAGACUCCAGAAUCCCUCAUGCUCCUGCAGCAAACACUUGCCGAUUCUACGGCCACCGGCACGGGCGCCACGCCCAACAAAUCCACGGCCUUCGUUCCCGGCGCCACCAGGACAAAGAGCAACACCCGCACCCCUAAUAUCACAGUCACCACUAACCUGCGUGUCAUCCACGCCGCUGCAGUCCCGCCCGCCAGCUUCGGUACGCGCCUCAACGCCCUGCGCGCGCUGCUCUCCGUUAACACUUUCCUCAUCACGCGUGCCUUGCUGUCCACCAGCGCGCAGCGCGACAUCGUGGAGGCGGCGCUCGGACGUCCCUCUCCUGCAAAACUAUACUGCCUUGGUGCCUGCCUCCCCUGA